CCGCGGGCCGGCGGAACUACAUCUCCCGGCGCGCCCCGCGCUGACCGGCGCCGCGCAGGCGCGGGGCGGACACAAAGGGCUCGGCGAGCGCUCGCUCGCCCGCCCCGCGCUCCCCAUGGCGCUGAAGCGGAUCCAGAAGGAACUGAGUGAUCUGCAGCGAGACCCGCCGGCCCACUGUUCUGCUGGGCCUGUUGGAGAUGACUUGUUUCACUGGCAAGCAACUAUUAUGGGACCCCCUGAUAGUGCAUAUCAAGGGGGUGUGUUUUUUCUCACAGUACACUUUCCAACAGACUAUCCUUUCAAACCACCAAAAAUUGCUUUUACAACAAAAAUAUAUCACCCAAACAUAAACAGUAAUGGGAGUAUUUGUCUUGAUAUUCUGAGAUCGCAAUGGUCACCAGCUCUGACUGUAUCUAAAGUUUUAUUGUCCAUAUGCUCCUUACUUUGUGAUCCUAACCCAGAUGAUCCUUUAGUACCAGAUAUUGCACAGAUCUACAAGUCAGACAAGGAAAAAUACAACAGACACGCGAGAGAAUGGACUCAGAAAUAUGCAAUGUAAACUUGUGAAGACUUUUUCGUAUACCACAGAGUACUGUAAAUUCUAGGGUUUUUUUCAAAAUCAGAAGGAAACGGAGCACAACUUACGGUUUUGAUGUAACAUGACUCCCCUUCAAUUUUUUUUCACCCAUGUAAGUGUGUUUCUGGAGCAUGGGAGAAUAAACUUUCAAAAAUAACCUUAUGACUGUGAUAAGAAUAUUUAUCCUCUUUGUAUGCUUUGCAGAAGACAUUUAUUGGGGUUUUUAAGCGUUGGACAUCUGCAUCUUCAGACUUCAAGGUCUAUAAUGCAGUUGUGAAGCAACCAAAUUAUUUUUACUGGGAAAAGUAGCUGUUUUUAUGUGAUGAAUACUGUAUGUUUGUCAUUGAAGUAUGUUGUUGUUUCAUAAGUGUAUUCAAAUUUCUUUUUGUUAGUUCACUUACAUAAUUUGUAUUUUUUUACUGUAUAGACUAAAUAUUUUAUUUACAAUGUAAUUGUAAAAUUUCAUUUUAGACUGACUUGCUUGUGCACAGUAUUGACAAGAUACAACUGCUAGUAAUGAAAAUAAUCGGAGUAUCCCACCCCUUAGGAUAUUCUAAAGACUGACUGCAGAUUUCUUAAAACCUAAAAUGAUCUUUGCACUGUAAUUCUUUGUAUGCUGAUUAUAGAGAAACACUUGGUUUUGAUUCUGUUGCAUACUUAAUUUUAUUGCAAUGAGAACUAAUUGCACUGCUAUGUAGAGAGAUAUGUAACCAUUUUGUUGCUAUUCACAACUGAUUUUCGACGUAACACUAUCACAGACCUUUUACAAAUCUAAAUGUAGCCUUUUCCUUAUAAAUAAAAUGCAUUUUCUACUA